AAUGCGUGAGAUGAAGUGUUAAGAUAAUGCACUGUGCAGAAUGGCAGAUAUCUGCUGGUGCGUAAUGGUUAAUUGCACUUCCAAAAUGAUCAUAGAAGUGCGUUCGCAGCAGCGCGGGGCACAGUCGCCAUGCGCAAACAUCUUCAUGCGCUUUCACAAAAGUAUAUUCAGCGACGUUGAAGUUGCAUCGGCUUUAUACAUGUGAUAAUCAAAGCAAAUCCACCAGCACGAUGGUGAGACAUAAAUAGAAGACUGUGCAGCUGUGAGCUCUUCUGCAUGACCCCAUGCAAUCAUAAAGCCAUCAGACUGGGUGGGUAUCACUUCCCAUUAGUACAUGCAGAUUUGUUUAUCUUUAGGUUGGCUUCUCGCUUCUCGGCUGUUUGGUGAUGGACUAAGCCACAAUGGCGCAGCUGUACUACCGCAGAACGGAUAACUCAUCGUACCGGGACCGCAUCCCGCUGCGGAUAGUGCGCGCCGAGUCGGAGCUUUCAGCGCAGGAGAAGUCCUACCUCAGCGCCGUGGAGAAGGGAGACUACGCCAGCGUGAAACAGGCGCUGGAAGAGGCGGAGAUCUACUUCAAGAUCAACAUCGACUGCGUGGAUCCUCUGGGGCGCACGGCGCUACUCAUCGCCAUUGAGAACGAGAACUUGGAGAUCAUUGAGUUGCUCCUCAGCUUUAACGUGUAUGUCGGGGACGCGCUGCUCCACGCCAUUCGCAAAGAGGUGGUGGGCGCCGUGGAGCUCCUGUUGAACCACAGGAAGCCCAGUGGAGAGAAACAGGUGCCACCCCUACUCCUCGACAAACAGUUCUCCGACUUUACUCCCGACAUAACCCCCAUCGUCCUGGCUGCUCACACCAACAACUACGAGAUCAUCAAGAUGUUGGUUCAGAAAGGCGUGUCCGUCCCCCAGCCUCACGAGGUGCGCUGUAACUGCGUGGAGUGCGUCUCCAGCUCGGACGUGGACAGCCUGCGACAUUCACGGUCUCGGCUGAACAUCUACAAAGCCCUGGCCAGCCCUUCUCUCAUCGCCCUGUCCAGCGAGGAUCCCUUCCUCACCGCCUUCCAGCUCAGCUGGGAACUCCAGGAGCUCAGCAAAGUCGAAAACGAGUUCAAAGCUGAAUACGAGGAGCUCUCCCGGCAGUGCAAAUGCUUUGCCAAAGAUCUCCUGGACCAGACCAGGUCCUCCCGCGAGCUGGAGCUGAUCCUGAACUUCCGAGAUGACAUCAACCUGCUGCAGGAUGAGGCCACCAAUGAGCUGGCUCGGCUGAAACUGGCCAUCAAAUACCGGCAAAAAGAGUUUGUAGCACAGCCAAAAUGCCAGCAGCUGUUGGCCUCGCGUUGGUAUGAUGAAUUUCCUGGCUGGAGGAGACGUCACUGGGCUGGCAAAUUCAUCACCUGUGUCUUCAUCGGCCUGCUCUUCCCUCUGCUCUCCCUGUGUUACCUGAUGGCACCCAAGAGCCGCUACGGCCUCUUUAUCCGCAAACCUUUCAUCAAAUUCAUCUGCCACACUGCCUCGUACCUGACCUUCCUUUUCCUGCUGCUACUGGCCUCCCAACACAUAGUCUCCAACAAUCCUGAUCGCCAGGGUCCAAAGCCCACCACUGUGGAGUGGAUGAUUCUACCUUGGGUUCUAGGUUUCAUAUGGACAGAGAUCAAGCAGAUGUGGGACGGUGGGUUUCAGGACUACGUCCAUGAUUGGUGGAAUCUCAUGGACUUUGUGAUGAAUUCCUUGUAUCUUGCAACCAUCUCACUGAAGAUCGUUGCUUAUGUCAAGUACAGUGGUUGCAAACCCAGGGAAACCUGGGAAAUGUGGCAUCCAACACUAGUGGCUGAAGCUGUGUUUGCCAUUGCCAACAUCUUCAGCUCGCUGCGCCUCAUCUCGCUCUUCACCGCAAACUCCCACCUAGGUCCCUUACAGAUUUCAUUGGGUCGAAUGCUUCUGGACAUCCUGAAGUUCCUGUUUAUCUACUGUCUGGUGCUUGUAGCCUUCGCCAAUGGACUUAAUCAGCUCUACUUCUAUUACGAGACCAGUGACGGAAUGAGCUGCAAGGGUAUCCGCUGUGAACGUCAAAACAAUGCUUUCUCAACGCUAUUUGAGACCCUGCAGUCUUUGUUCUGGUCUAUUUUCGGGCUGAUCAGCCUGUAUGUGACCAAUGUGCAAGCCGAUCACAAGUUCACAGAGUUUGUGGGUGCCACCAUGUUUGGUACUUAUAACGUCAUCUCCUUGGUGGUGCUUCUCAAUAUGCUCAUUGCCAUGAUGAACAAUUCUUACCAACAUAUCGCUGACCAUGCUGAUAUUGAAUGGAAAUUUGCCAGAACAAAGUUAUGGAUGAGUUAUUUCGAGGAAGGAGGCACCCUACCACCACCUUUUAACAUCAUCCCCAGUCCUAAAUCCAUAUGUUACCUGAUCACAUGGAUUAAGGUGCAUGUUUUCAAGAGGAGGUCAAAAAGGACUGAGACUUUUGGGACAUUAGGGAGAAGAGCUGCUGAAAACGUGCGACUCAACAACCAAUACCAGGAGGUCUUGAGAAACUUAGUGAAGCGUUAUGUGGCCGCUAUGAUUCGAGACGCCAAGACUGAGGAGGGACUCACUGAGGAAAACUUCAAAGAGUUGAAGCAGGACAUAUCAAGCUUCCGCUAUGAAGUCAUAGGAAUGAUGAAGGGCAACCGGAAAAGUACUCAUGGAAAAAUGCUGGGCACGGAUGCUUCGUAUGCGACCCAUUCAGACUGUUCGAUGAAGUAUUCCUCAGCUCUUCAGCAGAUCAGUAAAGUACACUUAUGUGACGUCACCACUGUUAUUCAGCAACAAAAGUCAGAAGACACAAGAGAGUCUCUCUGCUGUCUGGUCAACGGCUCGGCACUCGCUUUAGCUGACACCACUCCUAAAGAUAAAGCCAGAAAGGACUUCCCUAAGGAUUUCUCGGAUUUCGGGUUGUUCCAGAAGACUCAGAAACAAUCUGAUCUUUUCCUCAAGCAGAAUAAAAUGUACUCGCUGGCUGAAGAGGUGCAGGAAAUGGACUCUGACAUAUCAGACUGGAAAGGAGAGGAAGCGGUGGAGAAGACUCUGGCAGGAGAGAUUGAAAAAGACCCGGCGGUGGAGGAGAGCGUGUUAGAAGAUCAAGAGAGAGAGCACCUCCAGUCUCCGCAUGAACACUAGAUGAACUCUUCCAUAUAUAUACUGUAAAUGAGGAUUAUCUACAUCACAAAUCUGGAGGAUUUACAGUUUGAGAGGUGGAGCAGUGUUCCUUUUUACGCACAGAGGUGAAGUAUGGGUGGACAAAGUUGUCUGAUUUGCAGAACGUUGAUAAAACGUUACCUGUUUGACUGUUUUGGACUUGAGCUUUUGCAGGACGACAGACACCAUGUGUAAAUGUCCUUCGAGAAAAUGCUUGAGAAAGCACUGCAAAAUGUUUAAAUCUGUAAAAUAGUUUGCUUCAACUUGAAAAAUAUCAACUGAUCACAAUAAUUGUUUUAGUUUAAGCACUUUUUAGGGCUCAUAAAAUAUACCGUUCACAUUACAUAAAUAUAAUCAAAUAUAAAAUGCGUUGAGAUGUUUGCAGAAUAUUGAUUAAAUUGAUUCGGAGCUUCAUUGUAAUGCAACUGUAUUUAAUUGCAUUAAGUUGCGACUGCAUACGAGACACGGCCAUUAAAGCAUUUUUACAACUAUGCAAUACAAAUAUAACCUUUGUUAUCAAUACUUUUCCCAGCCCUGGUAUAGACGAUUUCAUCGGACGCACGUGCAUAGCCCAAAAUUAACGUCCGGUCUGUGUUUGGCAAGUGGCUAGUAAUAUAACAAUUUAUUUUGUAUUUCAUUUUUAAAAAUAUUUUUUAAUGCAUAUUAAUUGUAACAGUUAUAGAUUCUUUGCAGAGGUCUACCAGAAGUUAAGUUUAGGCCACAAAACGUUUGUUUAAGUUAUUGCCGAUGAAACCGUCUAUUCACACAUGAUUUUAUGUUUAGCCAAAUUUCUGAGCACUGUCCUCAGUAUUGUAAGUGUCCUGAGCUCUCAAAUAACAGCAUUACCUGACUGACUCUAGCGGACCACACGACUUUCAGCAAGAUGUCAACUGUGGUUAUUUGAAAAAUAAAACAUCUUCUUGGGACAUGCUACAGGUUCAGAUUCUUUGCUUCGACCUACUUAUAAUAGCUUCAACAUUUGUCUCAACUAUGGCUUG